ACACACACAGAGAGUAUAAAAUUAAAUUCGUCUCCCACUAAAUUCCGCGAAUUGAACACCCAAACCAAAUCCAGAAAAAAAAUGGAAACAGCGAGAUCCGAUUCCAAGCCGAAAACCCAAGUCCCACGAUCCUCUUCUUCAAACUCCGACUCACAAUCCCACUCUCCUCACCGUUUCCAAUCCCCUCACCGAUCCGACUAUGGCGACCCUCUCGAAAGCCCUCCCUACGCCUCUCCCUCUGCUUCCCCUGAAAAAUCACUAUCUCCGCUCCAAAACUCCAUGGCCGUCGUUGCCGUUGACACCCACAAGUCUACUCAGUACUCCCCCGCACUUUCCUCUUUCCCGCCGGAUAACCUCUCUGCGCCUCCUGAGCUGGUGCUGAACAAGGUGGCGAGGGAGAGAGUGGCAGAUGGGGUGGUGAGGAAGGUGGGGACGGCGUCGGUGGCGAGGAGGUCGAGGAAAGAAGAGAAGAUGAGGACUGGUGAAUUAGGGUUUAGGGUUAGUGAGAUUAUCAUGUGUUUGAUAUCUUUUGCUGUUAUGGCUGCUGAUAAGACUCAGGGAUGGAGUGGUGAUUCCUUUUAUAGAUAUAUAGAGUAUAGGUAUUGUUUGGCCGUGAAUGUGAUUGGGUUUGUGUAUGCUGGAUUUCAAGCUUAUGAUUUAAGCUAUCAGUUAGCCACCGGGAAACAUGUGAUUCGACACCAUCUUCGUCAACAUUUUAAUUUCUUCAUGGAUCAGAUGCUAGCAUAUCUUCUGGUAUCAGCAUCCUCUUCAGCCGCCACUCGGGUUGAUGACUGGCAAUCUAACUGGGGCAAAGAUGAGUUCACAGAGAUGGCAACUGCUUCGGUUGUCAUGGCCUUCCUGGCUUUUAUUGCCUUUGCCGGUAGCUCCAUUAUAUCUGGUUACAAUCUUUACAACCGGGACGCAAUAUGAUGGCAUUCACAUAUUAUAUUCAAGGUUAUGGAGAGAGAAAAAAGAAAAAGUCACAUGCAAUUUUUUCUUUUUAUUGUUGUAUAGAGACAAAUUAAUAGUAUGUUUAUCCCUUUUACAUUUUUUUUCCUACUGUUGGGGAAAAUGUAAACUAUAUAUUUGGAUAUCUGGAUUCUGGAGUAUAUGAGACUAUUUGUACCGCCCCGUCAGUGACCUUGUUUGACAUAA